UAAGAGGACCUAAAAAUCCAAGUUUAAGGCUUUUUUAAGCAAGCAACCAUUUGGGUAAUUGAAGCAAAAUCCAAGCCCUAGCGGGCAGAACUUGGAAAAGGCUGGUGGGACGACACGUGGAAAAUCAUUGACCCUUAGAUGGGAAUGAGAAGGUGGGCAGGCAGCGGUUGAUCCGGUACCCUUUAAGGGCCAUAGCCAACGAAGAGACACAGGUUCUUAAAGAAAAGGACAGAAACUAAACUGUUUAUUUAUAGUUUAAUUUUUUUCGUUUCGAGUUUUUUGUUUGUUCAUUAAGAAACACACGAGAUAAGAAAAGAAAAGAAAAGACCCUGCAAGAAAUCAGAGAAAGAGAGAGAGAGAUGGGGUUAUGGGAAGAGACUUAAAUUGGGUUAAUAACAGUUUACAGUAGAGAGAGAAAGGGGCAUGGCGGCGUUGGCAGAAAAGAGUGCUGUAAAUUCUUGUAUCGUGUCUUAAAUGCCUUUGCAACGACAAGAAAAACAAAGUUAAGUUCAAAAGCCAGGCCAGCUGCCGCAGCACAACGAAAAAUCCUUGAGGAAAGUGAAAGGGGAAGCAAGCAAAGCUUUGAUUCGAGUAUAAACGCUGCGCUUUUCCUACACAACCCCUUGAUAGCAGCGUGUGCUUAAACACGUGCAAAAGGAGAAGAAUUGGCAAUAGCGGCUGUGGGAAACAAAAAACAAUCGGGUUCUGAAAAUCAAAAGAGAGAGGUGGGGAAGCUUCUGAUAUGGAUUGUCGGUCACAAUUGAGGUCUGGGAGAGGUUUAAAGGAGGAACAAUGGCGGGGUUUUUUUCACUAGGAGGAAGAGGGAGCAACAGCCAAGAAGACCAACGAAACAAUCCACCGCCGACCGAUAUCCAACCCGAGAGCUGGUUUUGGUACAAAAAUGAGGAUGCUUCUUUCAAGGGUUUCGAAUUGUGGCAACAGCAAGAAGCUUUCCAACGCCAGUACCAAAGCAUCGGCAACAACAACAACAACAACCAGCAAGGCCAACAGCUACAAGAUCUUUAUUCGUCAGCAGCUGGAUUAGGAGUUGGACCUAGCAGGAGCUCGAUCAACAUCGCUGAUGAUUCCUCCUCGAGAUCGGCUUUUAUGAUGAUGGGUGGUGGAGGUGGAGGCGUAAGUUGCCAAGAUUGUGGUAAUCAAGCUAAGAAAGAUUGCCUUCACAUGAGGUGUAGAACCUGUUGUAAAAGCCGAGGAUUCGACUGCCAAACCCAUGUUAAAAGUACUUGGGUUCCUGCUUCCAAGCGCCGUGAAAGACAACAACAACUUGCUUCUUUACAGCAGCAGCAACAACAGCUUCGUGGAGAGAAUCCCAAAAGACAGCGAGAGAAUCCAACAUCUUCUCCUCUUGCCUUCACUCGUUUACCCACAAACGCGUCAGGGUUAGAAGUGGGGAAUUUUCCGCCAGAAGUGAACUCUGAAGCGAUGUUCCGGUGCGUGAGAGUGAGUGGCAUUGAAGAUGGUGACGAUCAGUAUGCUUAUCAGACGGCUGUGAACAUCGGAGGGCAUGUUUUCAAGGGAAUUCUUUACAAUCAAGGCCCCGAAAACGGCUACAACAUGGCUGCAGCAGUUGGUGAGAGUUCUUCCGGCGAUGGAAUCCAACAACUUGAUCUUAUUACUGCUGGUCCCACCGCCGCCGCUUCCAACGCGGGUACCGUCGCAGGCAACGCCAGUUGCAGCAGCGUUACAGCCGCUGCGUCUUCAUCAACCGUCGCAUUUUUAGAUCCUUCCUCUCUUUAUGCAGCUCCACUCAACACUUUCAUGGCUGGUACGCAGUUUUUCCCGAACCCAAGAUCUUAAAAACACGUCCAUAGUCUUUUUUUUCUAGGUCUCUUCUUCUUCGUUGUCUACUUUCUUGCCCUCGAUCAUAAUGAAGUACUAUAACAUUUGACACCCACCAUUGAUGAACUAGGUAGUAGUUAAGAAAAAGGUUUAAGAAAAGAGAGAAAGAGAGAUGUUUGGUAUUUUUGUUGUGAAAAAAUUUGAAUGCUUUUUAGUUCCAAAUCAUCAAUAUAAAUUCUUCUUCUUCUGCUGCUUCUACUACUGCAACUAUAUUUGCUGCUUCUAAAUCUAAAGCUGUUUUUGUACGAAAAUGUGCACAGCAUGUGGCGUGUCGAGUGAGUGUUUGUAAGUUAGAGAACUAUUUUUAAUAUUUUAGUGAGAUUGUGGGGUUGAAAUAAUAUGGAAAAAUUUUUAGA